CAUUGAAGCGUUAACACCCUUUUUCAAUUGUUUCAUUUGGAAAAGUCACAUUAAAUCGACCAUCUAUCAUUGAGAUUCAUCAAACGAUUGAAUCAAAUGUUAGAGAAGAAAUUGUGUUUGUUUCAUUUACGAUAAAUUUUUAUUAGAUUUUUGUUAUUACAUAGUUGUGUACAAUAUUAAUUGUGAUUUUAUUUAGAACUUAAAAAAAAAUCUUGACAAAAAAGACCGAACUCAAAAAAAAAAAAAAAUCGUAGUGUGCCGAUUGCGAAAUUUAUUAUUUUUUUGCUUUCACAUACACACAAAUCGAUAAAUUCAACAAGAACGGCAAUCGAUUUUAAGUGCUAAACAUUAACAGUGCAAAGUCCAAGUUUUUGUGUUAACCGUUAGUGAGUUUGGAGAGACAACAACCACAAAUAAAAAAAAGAUACAGUUUUUUUAUCGACUCUUCGGAAUUUUAACGCUGCAAUUUUUGCAUUUUGACCAAUAAAAAAACCCAAUCAACUGAAUCAUGUCGGACAACGAAAAAAAGGACGUUCGUGUUUGGUGCGACGGCUGCUAUGAUAUGGUGCAUUUUGGACACGCCAAUUCCUUACGGCAAGCAAAAGCAUUGGGCGAUAAAUUGAUCGUGGGCGUUCACACAGACGAAGAAAUCAAGAAGCACAAAGGUCCACCAGUUUUCACUCAAGAAGAACGAUACAAAAUGGUACGUGGCAUUAAAUGGGUGGACGAAGUCGUUGAAGGAGCACCAUAUGUUACAACAUUGGAGACAUUGGACAAAUACAAUUGUGAUUUCUGUGUUCAUGGCGAUGAUAUAACCAUGACAGCUGAUGGUGUGGACACAUAUCAAAUUGUUAAAGAUGCCCAACGUUACAAAGAAGUAAGCCGAACUGAAGGAAUUUCGACAACAGAUUUAGUUGGUCGCAUGCUACUCUUGACAAAGAACCACUUUCGACAAGGCGAAAAAGAAUAUGCUAUAGAAAAAGAAGCAUUAAUAAUGAAAUCAAUUGACUCAAUUUUCAACAAACGUAAACAAAACUAUCCAGGUUCAUCAAAUCUGGGUCAGGAUCAUUCGGCUCGAUCGCCAUGGACUGGUUGUAGUCAAUUCCUGCCGACAACACAAAAGAUCAUUCAAUUCAGUGAUGGCAAAUCACCAAAGCCGACUGAUAAAAUUGUUUACGUUGCGGGCGCUUUUGAUUUAUUCCACGUUGGCCACUUGGAUUUCCUUGAACAGGCGAGAAAACAUGGAGAUUAUUUGAUUGUUGGUUUACACACCGAUCCCGUUGUGAACAAAUACAAAGGUUCCAAUUAUCCGAUUAUGAAUAUCCACGAGCGUGUACUCAGUGUGCUUGCAUGCAAGUACGUCAAUGAAGUGGUUAUCGGCGCACCAUAUUCAGUGACCACUGACCUAAUGAAUCACUUCAAAGUGGGUGUCGUGUGUCACGGUCAAACGGAUCUCCCACUGGAAAACAGCGUACACGAUCCAUAUGCAGUUCCAAAGAUGAUGGGCAAAUUCAUUUCAGUCGAUUCCGGAAACACAAUGACAACUGAAAAGAUAGUUGAACGAAUUAUAAAACACCGGGUGGAAUUUGAAGAGCGAAACUCAAAGAAGGAGAAAAAGGAAAUCGAAGCAUUCGAAGCACUGACAAAGGCUAAACAAAACGAAAAGGCUGGAUAAUAAACAAGUCUUUUCAUCAAAAUUGUAACAAAAGAAGACAUUCCAAGA